AUGGCGCUCUCAGGUAGAUCUCUGGACACUUUGCACCUCAUUUUAUUCGUUUUAUGGACUUUAUCGCGCUACUCUUUAUCCAGUCAAGUUCGGCAGGAGUUUGAGGUUCUGGAGGAGCAGCCGGUGGGCACAUAUGUGGGCACCAUCGACACCAAACCCUCUUUCACAUACAGAUUCAGCGAACACCACAAACUUUUUUCCAUCAACGCCACGACGGGCGUCAUCUACACGUCCUCCGUGAUCGACAGAGAAGUUCUGUCUAGUAACAUCAUUAAUGUGGUGGUUCUCUCCAGCCAGCCCACUUACCCCACCGAGGUGCGCAUCGUGGUUUUGGAUAUUAACGACAACGCGCCGGUGUUUCCUGACGCGUCCAUCGUGGUGUCGUUCAAAGAAGACGCGAGCAGCGGGCGUCAGGUGAUUCUGGACACCGCGACGGACGCGGACAUCGGGAGUAACGGAGUGGAUCACACCACCUACCGAAUCGUCAGCGGGAACGAUCAGCGAAAGUUUCGCUUGGAUAUCACCGUCAACCCGAGCGGAGAGGGCGCGUUUCUGCACCUGGUCUCCACAGGGGGGCUGGACAGAGAAUUAACCCCCUUCUAUCAGCUCCUCAUCCAAGUGGAAGACAAAGGAGAGCCCAAAAAGUUUGGGUUUCUGCAGGUAAACGUCACCAUUCAGGAUAUAAACGACAACCCACCUGCUUUUGACCAGGACCAGUACCAGACCAGUGUGUUCGAGGACACUGCAAUUGGCUCUAGUGUUCUGCAGAUAACAGCCACAGAUCUGGACGAGGGUGCAAAUGCUGAUAUAACAUAUUUUUUAGAUGAAGGAACUCCUUUUCAGAUUGACCCUAAGGCUGGGACUGUUAUUAUAAAUGAGGGGUUGGAUUAUGAGACAAAGAAAGAGUAUUCCCUCACUAUCCAUGCAGUAGACAACGGUGUCCCCUCUCUCUCAGGCAGGUCAGAAGCGACUAUAAAACUGCUUGAUGUGAAUGACAAUGAUCCUGUAGUUAAGUUUCGAUACUUCCCUACCACGUCCAAAUUCGCUUCAGUGGAUGAGAAUGCACAGGUGGGCACUGUAGUGGCACUAUUAACGGUUUCCGAUUCCGAUUCGUCCACAGCUAACGGUAAUAUUUCAGUUUCUAUACUUGGCGGAAACGAACAGAGACACUUUGAAGUUCACAGUUCACCCGUCCCCAAUCUGAGUCUAAUCAAAGUAGCCAGUGUGCUCGACCGAGAGCGAAUCUCCGCCUACAACCUCACCGUUUCAGUGUCAGAUAACGGCAGGCCCGUAGCUCGCUCGUCUUUUGCCAGUCUGGUUAUAUUUGUGAAUGAUAUUAACGACCAUCCGCCCAUAUUUCAGGAAGCAGAGUAUAGAGUAGACAUCAGCGAGGACAUUCCUAAAGGCAGCUACAUUAAAGGGGUCUCAGCUACAGAUGGAGACUCUGGGCAGAAUGCCAAUCUCCGCUACUCGCUGGUGUCUGGAAACAGUUUGGGCUGGUUUGCCAUCAGUGAGAACAGCGGUUUGGUUACCAGCGCAGCAGAGCUCGAUAGGGAAAUAGCUUCUCAAAUAGUGCUGAAUAUCAGUGCCAAAGACCAAGGCCUGCAGCCGAAAAUGUCCUACACCAAAUUAAUAGUGAAUAUCACCGACGUUAAUGAUCAGGUCCCCACUUUCACUCAAAGCACAUAUCACAUUUCAUUAGUCGAGCAUUUGCCGGCCGGCUCCGAGCUUGUGGAUCUGUCCGCCACAGAUUCGGAUCUUGGUGCCAAUGGCACGGUCCGAUUCUCAUUUGACCCUGAAACCCCCGUGAGUGUCCAGAAUAAGUUCAGGUUGGAUGCAAUAUCGGGGCGGUUGAGUACAGCCACAGAGUUAGACAGAGAAGAAGAGGGCUUCUAUCUGCUGCACAUCAAAGCCACAGAUGCAGGAAUGCCCCCCCUUUACACCAUCUGCAAAGUCAAUAUCACACUGAAGGACGCUAAUGAUAACAGCCCAGUGUUUUACCCCGUGCAGUAUUUUGCCAAUAUCAAAGAAAAUGAGCCUUCAGGCUCAUUUGUGACUAGUGUAACAGCUUCCGACCCUGACCUUGGCCUUAAUGGCACUGUAAAAUAUGCCAUCACUGCUGGUGACUCUUACAAGUUUCACAUCAACAACAACUCUGGUAAAAUCACGACUUUAGUGCCACUCGACAGAGAGGAGAAAACUGCUUAUCAGCUGCAGGUCACUGCGACGGACGGUGGCGGAUUGCGCUCGAACACGCAAGCUAUAGUCACAGUCACUGUUGUAGACACGCAAGAUAACCCGCCCGUGUUCAGUCAGAAAGAGUACAGCUUUGUUAUGUUUGAGAACGUGGCCGCUGACACCAUUAUUGGCACCGUGUCGGCCACCACGGUAGAUCUGAACACAAAUAUCACUUAUUUGAUCGCAUCAGGGGACCAACGCGGUCUGUUUGCUAUCAAAGGCAGCACAGGGCAGAUCACAGCUUUGGGGCUGAUAGACAGAGAAGAGCAGGCGUUUUACCAGCUCAGGGUGAUUGCUAGGGGUGGGGAGGUUAUGGGGGAAGCGUUAGUUAAUAUCACAGUGAAGGAUUUGAAUGACAACGCACCUCAUUUCAUUCACAAUGUCGAGCAUGUCAGCGCAGUGGAGAACUGGGCCACCGGUCACCAUAUAUUCCAGGCUAAAGCUUCGGAUCCUGAUGAGGGGACCAAUGGUAUGGUCAUAUACAGCCUUAAACAGAACCCUAAAGGCUUAUUUCAUAUCCACGAAAGACAUGGAUUGAUCACCCUCACUAGCCCCUUAGAAGUCACCACCAGCUCCUACCAAGUGGAGGUCAUGGCCUCUGACCUUGGCAUUCCUCAGCGCACCACCAGCCUCAUUCUCACCAUCAGCGUGUACGACGUUAAUGACAAUGUGCCAGUUUUCGACCAGCUCUCUUACGAAGUCACCAUUCUAGAAUCUGAGCCGGUUAAUAGUCGUUUUUUUAAGGUGGAGGCCAGCGAUAAAGACUCUGGACUCAAUGGGGAAAUUGUGUAUGACAUCGUUAGCGGUAACACAAAUGACGUUUUUGGGAUUUUCCCUGAUGGGCAGCUGUAUAUUAAAGCAGAUUUGGACAGAGAAGUACAAGAUCGGUACAGUUUAUUAGUGGUGGCCAAAGACAGAGCCGUCGAGCCACUGAGCGCCAGCAUUAAUGUGACGAUUCUCCUCGACGAUGUCAACGACAACCGUCCGCUUUUCAACAGCACAUAUUAUGUGUUCCACUUCGAGGAAGAGCAGGAGCGAGGCUCUUUCGUCGGGCUAGUUUUCGCCAAAGAUAAAGACUUUGGACCGAACAGCGAGGUCCGUUACUCCUUUGAAACGCCGCAGCCAAAUUUUGAGCUGAACGCUAUCUCGGGCGCAUUGACCAGUACGUUACAGCUUGACCGCGAAUCUCUCAUGAGACAGAGAGGUGCCGCGGUGUUCAGUUUCACAGUCGUAUCCUCUGAUCAGGGCCUUCCCAAGCCUCUCAAAGACCAGGCCAAAGUUCAAGUGUACAUACAGGACAUCAACGACAAUCCGCCGAAAUUCACCAAAGACAUUUACCAGGCCUCUAUCUCAGAAUCCGCCCAGAAUAUGACGCAGCUGCUCCGAGUCUCUGCCUCAGACGUAGAUGAAAAUAAAAACGGCCUUAUUCGCUACGACAUCAUGGAGGGAAAUGAGGAGAAACAAUUCAGCAUUGACAGCACUUCUGGUCAAGUUACUCUAGUGGGAAAACUAGACUAUGAGACAACACCCUUUUACUCCCUCAAAAUUAUGGCGGAGGACUCUGGGAUUGUGCCUCUGUCAUCCACUUGUGUAUUGAGCAUCAGUGUUCUGGAUGAUAAUGAUAACUCUCCAUCGUUUCCCAAAUCAACUCUCACAGUGGAUGUGCUGGAGAACAUGCGGAUUGGAGAGCUGGUCGCCUCCGUAACCGCUACAGACUCUGACUCUGGAUCCAACGCCGACAUUACAUACAGCAUCUCCGCCACCAACAACCACGGCACUUUUAGCAUAAGUCCCAACACUGGCAGCAUUUUCCUGGUCAAAAAACUGGAUUAUGAAACGCAGUCUCUAUACAAACUCAACGUCACAGCCAAAGACAGCGGAAGGCCAUCCAGGUCUUCCUCCAUUCCGGUCACCAUUCACGUGAGAGAUUUUAAUGACAACCCUCCUGUUUUUACACCAGGUGACAUUUUUAAAUCCAUCCCUGAAAACCUCCUGCUCUCCACUUCUGUCAUGACUAUAACAGCUCACGACACGGAUGCCGACAUCAACGGCCAGCUGGAGUACUCCAUCGUCAUGCAGACUCCUAGAGGUGGGCAUUUCCACAUUGACCCCACAUCUGGAGUGAUAUUAACGAACAAGGAAAUCGACCGAGAGUUCUCCAACCUUUUUGAGCUGACCAUCAAAGCGACCGACCAAGCCGUGCCGGUCGAGUUCCGCCGUUUUGCUCUGAAAAACGUUACUAUAUGGGUUACGGACCAAAAUGACAACAUACCCGUAUUUAUCUCCCAAAAUGCCCUAGUGGCAGAAUCCAACAUAGUAAUCGGUUCCAUUCUGACAACAGUAGUGGCUUACGACCCUGACGAGGGUGCCAACGGAGAGGUAGAGUACGAACUUGUGAGGGGAGAUUCGGAUACGUUUAUCAUGGACCGCUACAGCGGAGAUAUCAGACUAGCCUCUCAACUCGUUCCCUCAAAGCUCAUCUACAGUCUGACCGUGUCUGCUACGGAUCACGGCACGGAUCGCAAGACCUCACGGACGGAGCUGACCAUCAUCCUUCAGGGUUCGGAUGGCCCGGUCUUCUCCCAACACAAAUACAUCACUAUUCUAAAGGAGGGCCAACCGCCUGGGACCAACGUCAUCUCUUUGGAUGCCUCCAGUCCACGUGGCACCGGCACCAAGGUGGAGUUUUUUAUUGUUUCAGUCCGGAGCGGAGGGAAGGCCGUAGGCCGGCUUUUCACUAUCGGCCGUCACUCCGGGGUGAUCCAAACAGCUGCAAAACUGGACAGGGAGCAAGGCUCGGACCUCUACUUGAUAGACGUGUACGCCAUCGAAGCCGACGCCAGCCAGCCCAGAACGCAACAUGCAGAGGGAGCGAACGCUCUGGUGACGUACUCCAUCAUCAGCGGCGCAGACGACAGCUUCCGCAUCGACCCCGAGUCCGGCGAGCUGACGGCUAUCCGGCAUCUGGACCGCGAGCGCAGAUCCAAGUACUCGCUGCUGGUGCGAGCCGACGACGGCCAGCAGUCCUCCGACGUCCGAGUCAACAUCACGGUCAGCGACGUCAACGAUCACACGCCACACUUCUCACGCAACGUCUACUCCUUCGACAUCCCCGAGGACACCAGUCCAGGUUCGAUCGUGGCGGCGAUUCUGGCCAGCGACUCUGACUCGGGAUCAAACGGCGAGAUCACGUACUCUAUAGAGGAGGAUGAUGAGGAUGCCACCUUCCUCCUGAACCCGGUCACCGGCGUCUUCAACAUCAGCCGAGCGCUGGACUACGAGUCUCAGCAGUACUUCAUCCUGACGGUCCAGGCCCGGGACGGCGGAGGUCUGUCCAGCUCCGUACGAGUCUACUUCAAUCUUCUGGACGUCAACGAUAACCCGCCGCGCUUCCACAGCUCCGUCUACAGCAGCUCGGUCCCGGAGAGCGUGAUUCCCGGAGCGACCGUGCUGAGCCUGAGCGCCGCUGACGCCGACGACGGGCCGAAUGCGGAGCUGCAUUACACCAUCGCUUCAGGAGACCCGCACUCGCAGUUCACCGUCACAGACGCCGGCGUCUUACAGACCAGGAACGCUCUGGACCGAGAGACGCAGUCGUUUUACAACCUGGUCAUCACCGUUAACGACCUGGCCUUGCCUCCCUUGAGCCGCUUCACCAGCACCACACAGGUGUCUAUCAUCCUUCUAGAUGUCAACGACUGCCCGCCUUCAUUCACGUCCCAGACGAUGGCGUAUAUUCAGGAGAACACGCCGGUGGAUACGCUAGUGUUCACAGCGCAAGCGACCGACGCCGACAGCGGCCCCAACAGCUACGUGGAGUAUUCCCUCAAAGGGCCGUUUGGGAAUAAAUUCAGCGUCGGGAACAUUGACGGCGGCGUGAUUCUGGUGGGCGAACUGGACCGCGAGGAGAUGGCCAAUUACUCUCUGACCAUCGUGGCCACGGAUAAAGGCGAGCCGCCGCUUUCCUCCAGAAUGGAGGUCACCAUGAUCGUUCUGGACGUGAACGACAACACACCUAGCUUCUCGCAGAACAUCUACGACAUCGAGAUCGAGGAGAACACGCUCAGCGGCGCAGAUGUCCUGCAGGUGUUCGCCAGCGACGCCGACGAGGGAACCAACGGCCAGAUACGCUUCUCCAUCGCCGGCGGGAACGCUAACUCGGACUUCCGGAUCGACUCGGUGACGGGCGUGAUUUCUGUGGCGAAGCUGCUGGAUCGCGAGACGCGCUCGGCGUAUUCUCUGCUGGUGCAGGCGGCGGAUCGCGGCAGCAGCCCUCGUGUGGAUCGCGCCACCGUUAACAUCGUGCUUUUGGAUGUAAACGACUGCACGCCUGUGUUUGAGCUCUCGCCGUACAGCAUCAGCGUACAGGAGAACUUAGGAAACCUGCCCAAGAACAUCCUCCAGGUGGUGGCCCGUGAUGACGAUCUGGGCACUAACGGUCAGAUCAGCUACUCCCUGAGCAGCGGGAACGACGCGGGAGCGUUCAGCCUUACAUCCGGUGGUCAGCUGAACCUGAUCCGAACCCUGGACCGAGAAACUCAGGACAAAUACACGCUCAUCAUCACGGCUCACGACGCAGGUAAGACCGCUGCAUGCUUCUCAGUGGUGGCCCGUGAUGACGAUCUGGGCACUAACGGUCAGAUCAGCUACUCCCUGAGCAGCGGGAACGACGCGGGAGCGUUCAGCCUUACAUCCGGUGGUCAGCUGAACCUGAUCCGAACGCUGGACCGAGAAACUCAGGACAAAUACACGCUCAUCAUCACGGCUCACGACGCAGAGCAGGAAACAGCUCUGGAGCGCCGAGAUUCUGCUUUAUUGCAAAAUCGGUUGCCGUUUGGGAAUAAAUUCAGCAUCGGGAACAUCGACGGCGGCGUGAUUCUGGUGGGCGAACUGGACCGCGAGGAGAUGGCCAAUUACUCUCUGACCAUCGUGGCCACGGAUAAAGGCGAGCCGCCGCUUUCCUCCAGAAUGGAGGUCACCAUGAUCGUUCUGGACGUGAACGACAACACACCUAGCUUCUCGCAGAACAUCUACGACAUCGAGAUCGAGGAGAACACGCUCAGCGGCGCAGAUGUCGUGCAGGUGUUCGCCAGCGACGCCGACGAGGGAACCAACGGCCAGAUACGCUUCUCCAUCGCCGGCGGGAACGCUAACUCGGACUUCCGGAUCGACUCGGUGACGGGCGUGAUUUCUGUGGCGAAGCUGCUGGAUCGCGAGACGCGCUCGGCGUAUUCUCUGCUGGUGCAGGCGGCGGAUCGCGGCAGCAGCCCUCGUGUGGAUCGCGCCACCGUUAACAUCGUGCUUUUGGAUGUAAACGACUGCACGCCUGUGUUUGAGCUCUCGCCGUACAGCAUCAGCGUACAGGAGAACUUAGGAAACCUGCCCAAGAACAUCCUCCAGGUGGUGGCCCGUGAUGACGAUCUGGGCACUAACGGUCAGAUCAGCUACUCCCUGAGCAGCGGGAACGACGCGGGAGCGUUCAGCCUUACAUCCGGUGGUCAGCUGAACCUGAUCCGAACGCUGGACCGAGAAACUCAGGACAAAUACACGCUCAUCAUCACGGCUCACGACGCAGGAACGCCAUCUCUAAGCAGUUCUGGUACCGUGAUGGUGCUGGUUGGUGAUGUGAAUGAUAAUAUUCCAUCAUUCAGUUCAAUGUCUUUCCACACGACCAUUCCUGAAGAUGCACCCACCGGAACAGACGUCCUGUUGCUCAACAGCUCAGAUGCUGAUGUAGGACUCAAUGGAGUGAUCAGUUACAGUCUCAGUGGUGGGGACGGUCAGUUCUCCAUCAACCCAGCCACAGGCCUGAUCAUCACCAGCUCCUUGCUGGAUCGAGAGGCACGAUCGAGUUACCAGCUGCUGGUGGUGGCAUCGGACGGUGGACAGCCCACACCGCUAUCCAGCUCUGCCACAGUGUCUGUGGUUGUGGCCGACAUCAAUGAUAACCCUCCACGGUUUCACCAUCAUCCAUAUGUCACACACAUACCUGCUUCUACUUCCACAGGCUCGCUGGUCUUUGCAGUCACAGUAACAGAUGAAGACUUUGGCUCAAAUGCUCAACUUCACUAUUCGCUCACUGGACGCAAUUCAGAAAAGUUCAGGAUAGACCCCAUCAGAGGUGCCAUCACUGCCAAUGAAAAACUCACAGGGAGUUCAGAGGUCACCUUCACGGUCCACGUAAAAGAUGGAGGCACCAACCCCAAAACAGACAGCACAACUGUUACGGUUCGCUUCGUUACUGGAGGAGACUUCCCCCAUAUUAGAAUCAAGGAGAAAGCCUUCACCUUCCCAGAAAACCAACCCACAAACACUGUUGUGACUAAGGUGACCGGAUCUUCACCCAGGGCGGGUCCUUUGUCGUACUACAUUGCAAGCGGAAACCUGGACAAUGCAUUCCACAUAGAUCAACUUUCAGGAGAGCUGUCUAUCAAAAAGCCUCUGGACUAUGAGAAUAUUGAGAAGUACGUCUUGUGGAUAGAGGCUCGAGACCAAGGCUUUCCCCCUUAUUCAGCCUAUGAGAAAGUAGAGAUCGCAGUUCUGGACGUUAACGACAACCAUCCUAAUUUUGAGCAAGAGCCGUUUCACGCUGAGAUUUUAGAAAACCUCUCACCUCAACGUGUGCUGAUAGUAUCAGCAUUUGACCAGGACAGUGGACCAAACGGGCAACUGGAAUAUGCCAUAAUUGAAGGCAACAAAGAAAACAGCUUCAGCAUCAACAGGGCAACUGGUGAAAUCCGCACAACACGACCACUGGAUCGAGAGAAGGUCGCACAGUAUGCUUUGAGAGUAAAGGCAACAGAUAGAGGCAGCCCUCCUAAAAACACGGCAGUGAAGGUCUUGAUCAGCGUGUUGGAUGUCAAUGAUAAUGCUCCCAGAUUCUCCAAAAUCUUCAGUGCCACUGUACCUGAAAAUGCACCAGUGGGCUUCACUGUUACUCGAGUAACCACCACCGAUGAAGACUCAGGAGCUAAUGCUAUAAGCCGAUACUCCAUCAGCGACGCAAGUCUUCCCUUCAUUAUCCACCCCAGCACAGGAGAUAUCACCAUCAGUAGGCCUCUGAACAGAGAGGACACGGACCACUAUAUUGCCAAAGUCUCAGCACACGAUUCAGGAUGGACUGUUAGCACAGAUGUCACAAUAUUUGUGACAGAUGUGAAUGAUAACGCUCCGAGAUUUAGCAAGCCAUCAUAUUACCUGGACUAUCCUGAGCUGACAGAGGUCGGAUCCAUUGUGACUCAAGUCUCUGCCACAGAUCCUGACGAGGGUUUCAAUGGUAAAAUAUUUUACUUUAUCCGAUCUCAAACAGAGUACUUCCGAAUCAACUCCAGCUCUGGUGAGAUCUUCGUUAAACAGCAGCUCAGGUAUCAAAACUCCAGUGGCCACAGUAAUGUCAAUGUGAACCGUCAUAGUUUCAUCGUCACCACUUCAGACCGAGGCAUCAAGCCGCUCAUGAGCGAAACCACAGUUAUCAUAAAUGUAGUUGACAGCAAUGAUAACCCACCCACAUUUGAAUCUUCCUUUUACUUUACCCCUGUCACUAAAAGUGUAAAGGUCGGCACCAGACUCCUCAAAGUCACAGCCCAUGAUCACAAGGACUUUGGCCUGAACUCUGAAAUAGAGUAUGCAGUAUCUGGAGGAAACAGUUCCAGCAAGUUCCGCUUGGAUAAACAAACUGGAUCGGUCACAAAUGUGUGUGGUUACAGUCUCAGUGGUGGGGACGGUCAGUUCUCUAUCAACCCAUCCACAGGCCUGAUCAUCACCAGCUCCUUGCUGGAUCGAGAGGCACGGGCGAGUUACCAGCUGCUGGUGGUGGCAACGGACGGUGGACAGCCCACUCCACUCUCCAGCUCUGCCACAGUGUCUGUGGUUGUGGCCGACAUCAAUGAUAACCCUCCACGGUUUCACCAUCAUCCAUAUGUCACACACAUACCUGCUUCUACUUCCACAGGCUCACUGGUCUUUGCAGUCACAGUAACAGAUGAAGACUUUGGCUCAAAUGCUCAACUUCACUAUUCGCUCACUGGACGCAAUUCAGAAAAGUUCAGGAUAGACCCCAUCAGAGGUGCCAUCACUGCCAAUGAAAAACUCACAGGGAGUUCAGAGGUCACCUUCACGGUCCACGUAAAAGAUGGAGGCACCAACCCCAAAACAGACAGCACAACUGUUACGGUUCGCUUCGUUACUGGAGGAGACUUCCCCCAUAUUAGAAUCAAGGAGAAAGCCUUCACCUUCCCAGAAAACCAACCCACAAACACUGUUGUGACUAAGGUGACCGGAUCUUCACCCAGGGCGGGUCCUUUGUCGUACUACAUUGCAAGCGGAAACCUGGACAAUGCAUUCCACAUAGAUCAACUUUCAGGAGAGCUGUCUAUCAAAAAGCCUCUGGACUAUGAGAAUAUUGAGAAGUACGUCUUGUGGAUAGAGGCUCGAGACCAAGGCUUUCCCCCUUAUUCAGCCUAUGAGAAAGUAGAGAUCGCAGUUCUGGACGUUAACGACAACCAUCCUAAUUUUGAGCAAGAGCCGUUUCACGCUGAGAUUUUAGAAAACCUCUCACCUCAACGUGUGCUGAUAGUAUCAGCAUUUGACCAGGACAGUGGACCAAACGGGCAACUGGAAUAUGCCAUAAUUGAAGGCAACAAAGAAAACAGCUUCAGCAUCAACAGGGCAACUGGUGAAAUCCGCACAACACGACCAUUGGAUCGAGAGAAGGUCGCACAGUAUGCUUUGAGAGUAAAGGCAACAGAUAGAGGCAGCCCUCCUAAAAACACGGCAGUGAAGGUCUUGAUCAGCGUGUUGGAUGUUAAUGAUAAUGCUCCCAGAUUCUCCAAAAUCUUCAGUGCCACUGUACCUGAAAAUGCACCAGUGGGCUUCACUGUUACUCGAGUAACCACCACCGAUGAAGACUCAGGAGCUAAUGCUAUAAGCCGAUACUCCAUCAGCGACGCAAGUCUUCCCUUCAUUAUCCACCCCAGCACAGGAGAUAUCACCAUCAGUAGGCCUCUGAACAGAGAGGACACGGACCACUAUAUUGCCAAAGUCUCAGCACACGAUUCAGGAUGGACUGUUAGCACAGAUGUCACAAUAUUUGUGACAGAUGUGAAUGAUAACGCUCCGAGAUUUAGCAAGCCAUCAUAUUACCUGGACUAUCCUGAGCUGACAGAGGUCGGAUCCAUUGUGACUCAAGUCUCUGCCACAGAUCCUGACGAGGGUUUCAAUGCAGCUCAGGUAUCAAAACUCCAGUGGCCACAGUAA